AUGGAGAUAAACGAAUUUAAUGAGCUUGUCAAACAACGGGAAUGUAUAGAAAAUGAAAUAAAAGAGAAUCUCGAAUUUUUAGAAAGUCCUGAAAAUAAAAAUAUUGGAAUGAAUGGAAAAUUAAUAGAUCCAGAAGGGUUUCCACGUAAUGAUAUAGAUAUAUAUAAAAUUCGAAUUGCUAGAAAUAAAAUAAUAUGUCUAAAAAAUGACUAUUUAAACAUAAAUAAAAAAAUCGAAGAAUAUUUACAUGAAAUACAUAGCUCAAAACCCGCUAUAAGAGUAGAAAGAAAUAAAGGAAAUUAUUCAAACAACAACGAAGAUCUAAAUAGUAUUAAUAUUAAACCGAUAACUAACAAAGAAGAUAUUGAAUUUGCAAAAAAUAAUAUUUUUGCUUUAGUCGAUGAAAUUAUAGAAAAUUCCCCAUCACAUAAAGCAGGUAUAAAACUUAAUGAUCAGAUUUUCGAAUUUGCAGAUAUAAAAAAAGAAGGGAAUAAUAUUGAUAUGAAUAAUACAAAUAAUAUAUUUAAAAAAAUAUCAGAUUUUAUGAAACAAAAUCCUUCUAAAAUUCAACUUAAAAUUCUAAGACAGGAAGCUAUAUAUCAUUGUAAUAUAUUUCCUGAUAAAACACCGACAGGCUUAUAUAUUGGAUGUCAUUUAGCACCGAUAACAAAAUUAUCAAGUUAG